GCAGGCUGUCAGUAUACUCCCCUGAAGCAUCUUCUCCCUCCCAUUCAUAAAUAGCGAGGACACGCGCUACAAUUCAUCCAGAAGGCUUCCGGAGAAGAAUCAUUCCGCUCUCUGCCUGCAGUUUUUGGCCAAGGAUUCCCUUAAGCAUUGAAUUAUGGACAUCAUCAAUGUGACGUGUGGAGAGAUUCAGACCUCUGUGGGUUUUCUGUAUGUGAUUCAGUCUGUUAUACUGAAUCAAACACUCAGUGGAGACUGUGAGCAGAGCUGGUAUUCAGAGGACGGGUGUCUGAUAGCAGAUCCAUCAGAUCCUCAAACACUGAAUGAUCCUGCGACGGCUGUAAAAUCUGAUCGUCUCGUCACGUCUCGCUGUGUGAAUCUGAUUCAUGGGAUCAUCUGUGAUUCUGCUGAUGGACUUCAUGUCAGACUGGACACCGCAUUCAGAGCGAGGAAUGAAACUGCAGCGACUCCAAACUCAGAUCAGUCGCUGUGGAUUUUGGCUGUUUUUAUUAUCGUCAUCCUUCUCAUCCUCACCUUGAUCUGUUUCUUGUGGCGGAAAAAGAAACUCAGAUGUUUUCAGAGCAUCUUUCAUCUCACUGAUUCAGAAAACAGGGAUCCUGAAACUGGUGUCCAAAUGAAGCUCAGAUCUGAUGAAUCUGAUUCACUGAAUCAAUCUGAAUCUGAUUCUGUCAGGGAUCCUGAAACUGGUGUCCAAAUGAAGCUCAGAUCUGAUGAAUCUGAUUCACUGAAUCAAUCUGAAUCUGAUUCUGUCAGGGAUCCUGAAACUGGUGUCCAAAUGAAGCUCAGAUCUGAUGAAUCUGAUUCACUGAAUCAAUCUGUGUUGAGAAGCACCAUCAUGAAGCAUCAUGACGUCCAGCACUGAGUGUUUGAGUAAAUAUGAAACGUGAUGGGGUGAUCCUGAUCGUCAUCUGGACAUGAAGCCGUUUAUAUUUUCAGCCUUCAAGCAGGUCGCAAAGAAUCAGAAGAAUCCAGUUGAUCUUGUGUUCGGAUCAGCGAAACAUCCCAACCCUCCUUAAGCCUCAUUGUUUCAGCUCAUUCACACAGUUUUAAAGUAUUUAUUAAUGGUUUCACUGUGGGAAUUUAGCUUUUAAUUCAUCCAGACAAGACAGUAUUUCACUCAUUUAUUGACAAUGGUUCUGUAUUCUGUGUAAACACAAUGCAGCUGCUGAUGUAAUAAAAAGAGAACCUGUGCAAAAGAUGUGAUUUUAAACCAUUAUUAUUCUGAAAUCUCAUGAAAUGGUGUAAGGUUGAGAGGUUGGGAAGGAUGUUUCAUGUGUUUUCAGCAGGAUCUCAUUUGUUGGUUCACAGAUCUUCUGCUCUAAAACCCAGUGAUCUGCCUGUAUAGUCAGCAUUGCAGAAAGGAGCUGUCUGUAUAGAGUGAACAGAGCUAGUGAUUACUGCGAGGUAAAUAAUCAGUCAAAUCUGUGACAAGUCUAAUGUAGUCUAGUCUAGAGAGCUAAAUAGGAACGUCUAAAAUAAAAUAUAUUUUUAUUGGUAGAACGGUUUUAUUUCCAACGCAUAUAAAAUGACAGACAGAGGAACACUGUGCCAGUAACUGUAAUGACCCUGGUUUUACUGCAGCACAUGUCUGACAAUAACACCAGCAUUUGAUCUGUUUGCUGAGUGUCCAGCAGGUGGCGCCAAAUAUUCAUUAUUGGAUUAUUAUUAGCGAUAGAAUGAAUAAAGUUGACCAAACUGGUAAUUUUCUUUGCUUGUGUCUGCUGUUCUUCUGCUUUAUUACGUGUUUCUCGUGUUCAGUGAGCUGUGGCUGUAAACAGUUUAUUCUUAGUUCUUUUAUAUCCGUUCAGUUCAGCUGAAUGUUUCUCAUGCUGUGAGUUUAUUUAACUGCUGCAAAGUCUUGCUCAGCUGCAAACAGCAAGGCAAUAUUAACAAUGAAGUUUGUCAGGAAAGAAGGCGCAGGAGUCACUCGCUUCCUGUCACGUGAUGAUGACGUCACUGCAAGCGCAGAGGUUAAAUCACUUGAAAUCGAAAGUGAAAGUAAAGCUGAACAGCAGCUCGACGCCUGAAACCAUCUUCAUGGGCUCAUUGUGAUCAGUUUCAGUAAAGAUGGCGACGAGACCUCAAACACUUCCUGAGAUGUCAGCGAUCAGCUCCAGUCCAGAUGAUCCAGUGAUCCGGAUUCUCCUGAUGGGCAGAAACGCUUCUGGGAAAACCUCAUCAGGGAUCACUUUACUGGGAGAAAAUGGAUUUAUAAUGAGUCUGAAGUUUGUGAGGAGAAAAUGUAGGUUGAUGACAAAUAGGUGAACAUGACUGACUCUUCAAAAUGUGCAUAAUAUAGGCCUACUCGUCUUCGGGACCGAAGAAGAAGAAGAAACUUAGAAGUGCACCUCCCACUUUGAAAAGCCUGCUGAUCUCCAACGGGAUUGAGUGGCGGAGGAACAGCAAAUCACACGAGUGAACUGGACCGGAAUAUUCAAACUCAUGGUCUUGUAGCAGAGGCUGCCGCCGGGCGCAUGCGCGUGAAGUCAAAUAAUUAAAGAGAAAAAAUUACAAUG